ACAGAGAAAAGAAAGUAGGGCAGACAUAAGACAUAAGUUUAAAGUAAAAAGAAGUAGUGAUUAGUGAAGUAGACCAAAACAGCACAAUUACGUGGACACCAGUGUUUUAACUUAGAGAAUUUGGACAACCAGCCUACUGUAUAUUUUUAAAACUUCUAAAUAGCCUAGAGGAGCUUUUUUGACUAGGCUUCAAAAUGCCUGUAAGCGAAGGAAGGCAACCAAACUACGAUGACUUGAACGAUCCAGUUAUGAAUAUAAAAGGAGGACUGCAUGUGCAAGAAUUGUUAGCCAAUCGUAAAACUGAGUUUGAGAUUAAGCCUGAUGAAGAUCUAGAAGAUCAGGAAUGGACUUCUCCUGAAUCUUGUUUUGAUUUUGAGAAAAUCCAAAACACUAUAAAUUUGGACAUGAUUGAUGUUGAAGAUACAGAAGAUGGUACACCAUUUGAUAAGUUCCGUAGAAAAAUGGUGGACAUUAGGGAAGACGGAAAAGUGAAAAAAUUUGUAGUUAAACGUGGAGUGGGUCCCCAAGUGCCUCCCAACGCUGUAGUCUAUGUGAGGUAUCAAGCAUACGUUGAGUAUUCGGAGGUCCCGUUUGAUAGCACAUUGUGGCAGGCUGGAGGAGAGAAAGACGAUCCUAUUCCCUUUGACUUCUCCAAAACUCAAAUGUUGCCGGGGCUACAGGAGGCAAUCCUUACCAUGCAGAAGGGGGAGAAAGCUGAAGUACUCAUACACCCGGACUUGGCCUUCGGAAAGUUGGGGUGUCCUCCUCGUAUCCCUCCCGAUGCAACUGUCUUGUUUAUUGUGGAACUCCACAGAUUCAUAGAUUGUGGAGACGUAGUCGAGAACCAAGAUGAACUUGAUAUGUAUGAACGAAGGGCAUUCAAAAAUACCAAGGAGAUUGCCAACAAGCAUCACUUGCUUGGUAAUGAUUUGUUCAACAAUGGCAACUACAGGGCUGCCGUUGAUAAAUACCGUCAAGCAAUCAACGUGAUGCAUAAUACAAGAUUGGCAGACGAUGUGGAGGAAGAAGAAAGAAAUACUCGUUUGAUACAGUAUUACAAAAACGCUUGCCUAUGCUACAAAAAUCUAAAAAAUUACAAGCGUAUUUGUGUAUUGGUCGCAGACGCUAUCAACGUUGAUAAAAGCAAGGUGUUCUCUGAAUUCAAACUGCUCUACUUUUGGGGGUAUGCGAAAAUGAUGCUUGGAGAGUAUGGGGCUGCCAAAGAUCAUCUGCUGAGAGCUCAGCGGCUGCGGCCACAGGAGACGGCUAUUUCUCAGGCACUGAAAGAUCUUGAGGCGAAGAAAAUUCAUGCUAUGGAGGAAGAGAAAUUAAUGAUGCGUAGAGCGUUUGGAAACAUGGCUCCUUCUACUGUGAAAAUAACCGAAGUGGAUGACAGUGAGGCACAGUUCCGGGACACAGUCAGGGAGGAGUUGAAGUGUUUUGCCGAUGAUUCUUCACGAAAGGAUAUUUUCAAGAGAGACCAGCAGUUUACCGGUGAAGAAGAAAGAGUUUAUCUGGACGAAGCGAAAGCUUUGGGGCUGUACGCAAGAAUUGUUGACAGUGUUAGAAGAGUCAUCCACAUCACAAAACCGGCCGACUACAAAGAUUAGUCUGAAUACCAGCUCUAUAACAAAGAAAGCCCUGACAAUGUAAACUAAAUUAAAACACAUGGACGUUACAUAGAGCACAAGGGUCUAGGAUUUUUUUAGGAUAGUAGGCUUAUUAAUAUUUGAAUGGAAAAGAGUCCAAAUUGGCCUGAAUCUCUUCGCAACUCAUACCUUCCCGAGUUAAACAUUCUGUCAGUAGCUGUGAAAUAUUCCAAUGUUUUGUGUUUCCUAUGCAAUUUUAGACUCUUUUCCACUCAGUUAAGCAUGCUAUCCUCACAAAAAUCCUAAAUACAGACACAAUGCUCGAUAAAAAAAAAAUUCAAAUUGUCAAUGAAAUUACAUUUACAACACAUUGGGGAAUAACAAGAGUUGAUUAUGUUUAGUUUCAAGUAUUGGCACAACAAAUUUGUUUCCUCAGUAAAAUCAUUAUACUCUAGCUCAUGUGUUUCUAAAUUAAUCGAAUUUAUUCGUCAAUAACUUAAUUAAUUAAAACAACCAAGUAAAUACCUCACAUCUUUAGGCUAUUCUAUGAUUAAAAUGUAUAUUAGAGGAUGACAAAAUCAAAGUUGAAAACAAUUUCACUUUUUUGUGGCGUAGUUAAAAAAUCUUUAUAUUUAUUAUUAAAAAACUAACCAAACCUAACCUAAACCUCUUUGUAAUAACAAAAGGAUUUUGAUUGAUAAGGUUUCUUUUGGAUUUUAAGGGUUUUGGUUCUAUCACUUAAUGUAAAUCUGAGUCCAAACUUUUUUCAAAGGCUUAAGCUGAGUUUUUGGCUUUCUGUAAUAGUUAUAUAACUGGUAUGGACCUAAGUAAUUUUAAAUGACAAGUGAUGUCUACUCAAGUUGUUUUUUGCCUUAGAAUGUUAAAAACUUGAUACUUUUUUGAACGUAGGCUAAUUGACUUUGGUUCACAAGUUUUAUAUUUUAUUAUGUUAAGAGAAUUUUUUAUUUUCAUGUUUGUUAAUUUGUUAUGUAAGAGAAAUAAAUGUAAAUACAUUUUCUCUUUCCAAAACCGA